UGAAUUCUUUUUACCGAGCAGUCACUAUAGAUAUUCUGAAGUCAGUCUCUCAAGAUUCGUUGUUGAAGCAACAUUAAUUACUCCCAAUUGAUCUUGCAUUGAAAAUCAUUGAGUGUUAUUAAGUCAAAAUUGCCCAAUUGACGCACGUGAAUCAAAUAUAUUUUCUAGUGAAAAAGAAAUGGAAGGAAAUAGUAAUUUAAUAUUUUUUGUAAAUGGAAAAAAGAUUGUGGAGCAGCAUCCAAAUCCAGAGUUGACACUUCUGACUUAUCUUCGAGAAAAAUUACAUCUGUGUGGAACAAAGUUAGGAUGUGCCGAAGGAGGGUGUGGCGCGUGUACAGUGAUGGUGUCUCGAGUGGACAGAACCACACAAAAAUUGCAUCAUCUGGCAGUGAAUGCAUGCCUGGCUCCUCUUUGUUCCAUGCACGGACUUGCUGUGACAACAGUUGAAGGAAUUGGCAGCACCAGGACUAAACUCCAUCCUGUCCAAGAACGAAUAGCCAAAGCCCAUGGAUCACAGUGCGGUUUCUGUACACCAGGAAUCGUCAUGUCCAUGUACGCUACUCUGAGGAGCAUUCCGAAACCCACUAUGGCCGAUUUAGAGACGACCUUCCAAGGAAAUUUGUGUCGAUGCACAGGAUACCGACCCAUCAUUGAGGGAUUUCGGACUUUCACAGUCGAUGGAUGUUCCAUGGGAGAAAAUUGCUGCAAAGUCAACGGAAAUGGAAUAUGCAAAGAGGAAGAUACUCUCUUUGAACCCAACGAAUUUAUGCCAUAUGAUCCUAGCCAGGAGCCCAUCUUUCCGCCAGAACUUAAAUGCUCAGACGCACUUGAUCGCCAAUUCCUCGCAUUUCAAGGUGAUAGAGUUUCUUGGUACAGACCUACAAGCCUCAAUGAGCUUUUAAAUAUUAAAAAGAAGUUUCCUGAUUCGAAGAUUGUCGUUGGGAACACGGAAGUAGGAGUUGAAGUCAAAUUUAGAAAUUGCCUCUUUCCCGUUCUUAUCUCAACAGCCCAGAUUCCAGAGCUUAACGAAAUCACAGAAACAACUAAGGGAGUCAAGAUAGGCGCUUCUGUUUCUCUUGCUGAUAUGGAAGAAAAACUCAUAAGAUUGAUAGAAGACCGUCCAGAAACAGAGACUAGGAUUUUCAAGGCCAUUAUUUCAAUGCUACAUUAUUUUGCUGGGAAGCAAAUACGAAAUGUGGCUUCAGUGGGUGGAAACAUUAUGCAUGGGAGUCCUAUCUCUGACUUGGUGCCCAUCUUAACGGCCGCGAGGGUCGAAUUAGAGACCGUAAGCGUAGCUGGAGAUCGUCGUACGCUUUGCAUGGGCCCUGGCUUCUUCACCAGCUAUCGUCGUAAUCUCAUCCGAUCGGAUGAGAUCCUCGUGUCUCUGAUUUUGCCGUGGACUUGUGAGGAGCAGCACUUUGUGGCCUUGAAGCAAGCUCGACGUCGAGAUGAUGACAUUGCCAUUGUUAAUAUUGCAGUUAACGUAAUUUUUGAACAUCAAUCGCACAAAAUUAAAUAUCUGGAUUUGGCAUUUGGUGGAAUGGCUCCUACAGUUGUCACAGCACCAAUAUCCUCUGAAAGAGCCAAAGGCAAAGAAUGGGAUUCUGAUCUGGUGGAAAUUGUGUCAGAUGCCUUGGCUAAUGAACUUCCACUGGAUCCUGGAGCACCGGGUGGAAUGAUUCUCUACCGACGAUCACUUACUUUGAGUCUCUUCUUCAAGGCUUUUCUGGCCAUUAGUCGAGAUCUUAAGCGUGAUAUUGCACCAGAUGAGAUUAGUGGUGCUGAUAACUUCUGCACCCUACCUCCAAAAUCAACUCAAACGUUUGAAAAAAUUCCUGACAAGCAAGAGCCUUGGAAUCCUAUUCGACGUCCUCAUGUUCAUGCAUCUGCAUUCAAACAAGCAACGGGAGAGGCUGUGUAUUGCGACGAUAUGCCUCGCUAUGAAAAUGAGCUGUACUUAGCUUUCGUAUUAAGCUCAAAAUCACAUGCUAAAAUCACUAAUAUAGAUGCUUCUGAAGCCCUAGCACUUCCUGGUGUUGUAGCAUUUUACUCAUCGAAGGAUAUUUCUUCUGAUAGGAAUUCUGUUGGUGCUGUGUUUCAUGAUGAAGAACUAUUCAUAUCAGAUAUUGUGACAUCUCAGGGCCAAACAAUAGGAGUUGUUGUGGCAGAUAAUCAAUCUUUAGCUCAGCGAGCUGCAAAGUUGGUUAAAGUGACUUAUGAUGACAUUAAUCCAGUCAUUGUAACCUUGGAAGAUGCUAUCAAACAUCAAAGUUACUAUCCAGGAUAUCCAAAAGUUAUCAGAAAAGGUGAUCCUGAAGGAGCCCUCAAAAACGCUGACCAUAUUGUUGAAGGUGAAGUAAGAAUGGGUGGUCAGGAGCAUUUUUAUCUAGAAACACAAGCAUCUAUAGCUAUUCCUCGUGACAAUGAUGAACUUGAACUCUUUUGCUCAUCGCAACAUCCAACAGAAAUCCAGAAACUUGUGAGUCAUACAUUGAACAUUCCAGCUUCCAAAAUUGCAGUUCGCGUGAAGAGAAUGGGAGGUGGUUUUGGCGGUAAAGAAAGCCGGGGUUCGUUAACUGCACUCCCCGUUGCAUUUGCUUCUUAUAAAUUAGGUCGCCCAGUUCGAUGCAUGCUUGAUCGGGAUGAAGAUAUGAAGAUGACAGGCACUCGUCAUCCUUUUUACUUUAAGUACCAAGCUGGAUGUACAAAAGAAGGUCAAAUUACAGCAAUUAUGGUAUCGAUAUACAACAAUGCUGGAUAUUCUAUGGAUUUGUCCUUUUCGAUUGUUGAACGAGCUAUGUAUCAUAUCCUGAAUGCCUACUAUGUUCCAAAUGCUCUUGUCCUAGGCUGGGUAUGUAAGACUAAUUUACCCUCCAACACAGCAUUUAGAGGUUUUGGCGGACCACAGGGAAUGUUCGUUGGAGAGCAUAUUAUAAGGGAUAUAGCACGCACUGUAAACAGGGAUUAUGUGGAAAUAGCUGAGCUUAAUAUGAUGCAGACUGGACUUCGUACGCACUACAAUCAGGUAGUUGAACUUUGUCAAGUUGGUAGAUGCUGGAAGGAGUUGCUCGAAAGUUCUGAUUUUAACAGACGACGAGAAAACGUUCAGAAAUUUAAUGCUCAAAACAGGUGGAGAAAACGAGGUAUUUCCGUUGUAAGCGUACAAUUCGGCAUCUCCUUCACAACGGCUUUUCUCAAUCAGUCAGGAGCUCUAGUUCACAUUUACACCGAUGGCAGCGUACUCUUAUCUCAUGGAGGAACAGAAAUGGGUCAAGGUCUUCAUACCAAGAUGAUCCAAGUUGCUGCCACUACGCUUGGCAUCCCAUUCGACAGAAUUCAUGUCUCUGAGACAUCUACGGAUAAGGUUCCAAAUACAUCAGCAACAGCAGCUAGUGCUGGAUCUGAUCUUAACGGAAUGGCCAUUCUCAAUGCCUGCAACAUUCUCAAUGAACGCAUAGCUCCCUAUAAGAAAGCUUUUCCAGAAGACGGAUGGAACAAAUGGAUUUCUCGUGCUUAUUUCGAUCGUGUUUCACUUUCUGCAACCGGCUUCUACGCAACUCCUCAUCUUGGUUACGAUUUUGCAUCCAAUUCGGGACGACCAUUCAAUUACUUCACAUUUGGAGCUGGAUGUUCCGAAGUAGAAAUUGACUGCCUGACGGGAGAUCAUCAAGUUAUCAGGACCGAUAUUGUCAUGGACCUGGGAUCGAGUAUCAAUCCCGCCAUCGAUAUUGGACAGAUCGAAGGAGCUUUCAUGCAGGGCUAUGGUCUGUUUACGCUAGAAGAAAUGGUUUACGGAGCAGAUGGAACACUCCUAUCACGUGGACCUGGAGCUUACAAGCUUCCUGGCUUUGCAGACAUCCCUGGAGAGUUCAACGUCUCACUCUUGAGCGGUGCCCCAAAUCCCAAAGCCGUGUACUCUUCAAAGGCCGUAGGAGAGCCACCGCUCUUCUCUGCGGCCUCCGUCUUUUUCGCGAUCAAAGAGGCCAUUGCCGAUGCUCGUCGGCACGAAAAUCUAAGUCCAGAUUUUCCACUCAUCAGUCCUGCCACUUCUGCACGCAUAAGAAUGGCAUGUCAGGAUCGAUUUACGAAAAAGUUUUCUGAGCCUGUUCCUGGAUCUUUUAAGCCAUGGAAUGUGAUGCCAUGAAUCACUUUUAGUAAAGCGGUUAUACUUGUUAGUUAACCAAUUAGAUUUCUUCAUGAAAAGAUGAAAUAAUGUGUUUUAAAUUAAAUUUAUUAAAAAUUUAUUUACAUUUUAAAUACAAGUCACAUAUUGUAUGAUUUUAA